AUGAAAUUCAAAUCUGAGUCUGAUGAUCCAAGUCGGCGGCCAAGUAGCGACGGUAAUGAAGAGGAUGUUGUUGGCUGCCUACCGAGAAUGCUGUUAGCCAGUCAUCGUGAAGUUCUGGAGAAUAUCGUCAGAUCUCUUCCUGACAUCGUGAUUGAAGGGAAACGCGAUGCACUGGAUGUCUCGUAUCUGGACAAACUUUUGACUUCUUUGGAACAGUACCAAGGUGAUAUAGGCAGCGACUUAUACCAACGUCAUACACUGCUUUUAUGGCUAUGGGUAGUGUGCAAAAAUCCGUUCGAUUUCAAAAGAUUCGACCCAGUCGAUAAACAAGGUUCAACUUUAAAUCGCAUUCUUAAAGUAGCUACCUCAUACCUGAAGUAUCCAUGGGCUACGACUCAUCCUGCCGCAGUAUUGGUCAUCGCUCAGUGUCUUGCUCGUCAUGAUGGUAUACCACUUAUUCCUGAUAUAGUAUCUGAGUGUGCAGAGCAUAUCUCUAGAGACUCAGAGUGCAUUCUCGGCUAUAUCGUGCUUAUUUGUGCUAUUCUUAAGCAUGUGGAUAGACAACAUCUUUUGGUCCACGUUGCAACAAUACGUGAAUCAGUUGCUCGUCAUUUCCCAUUGGAGACGUCAAGUAGAGAUACUCUGACCAGAAAGAUGUUCAUUAAGUUGGUGCAAAGGCUUGCCCUUAUAAUCUUAAAACCACGACUGGCCGUUUGGAGAUAUCGGUUAGGCAUCAAUUUUCAUAUUUCUAUAUAUCUUUUAUACAAUUCAGUACGUGGAAGACGUCGUCUAGAAGAGAUUUUGAAAAGGCCUUCUGGAGAUGAACGUUGUGAACAAAAUAUGGAGACAGAUCAAGAUCGCUUAAGUAAUGGCGAAAAGAGCGUUGUUUGUUAUGUAGACGAAGAUAUUGGAAAAUUGUCUCCUUUUGAGGUAGAAUGGGCAGUCGGCUGUGUCUUGCGUGCACUUUCUGAUGAUCAUACAACAGUGAGAUGGUCUGCUGCAAAGGGUAUAGGCCGUAUUACAUCUCGUCUGCCGAAGGAAUUUGCCGUUCAAGUUGUGAACUCAAUUCUUUCGUCAAGUUUUCAUUGCUUGGCUGGUCAUUGUUGUUGGCACGGUGGUUGUCUAGCGCUGGCUGAACUUUCUCGCCGUGGUGCUCUUGUACCAGAAGCUCGCGAAAAAGUCUUUUCUACUAUACAGGAAGCACUAUUCUAUGAGGAACCGAUGGGAGGACACGCUUUUGGUAGUAAUGUUCGCGAUGCCGCUUGCUACGUUCUCUGGGCUUUUGCUCGAGCGUACGAUCCGCACGAUUUGACAAAUUACAUUGAAACCGUGGCUAGAAGUCUAGUAUGUGUUGCCUUAUUUGAUCGUGAAGUGAACAUACGUCGUGCUGCGUCAGCUGCAUUUCAAGAGAAUGUGGGUCGUCAAUCCAAUAUUCCAAACGGGAUCUCCUUGCUGACUAUUGCCGAUUACAUCGCAGUGGGUAAUCGUUCACGAUGUUACACAAAACUAUGUGUUGAAGUUGCUGGUUUCCCAGAGUAUGCUGAUGCCAUCAUUGAUCACCUUAUAAAUAAAAAGGUUAAUCAUUGGGAUGAAGUCGUUCGUAAACAAGCUGCUGUAGCCCUUGGUCUCCUCGCUCCUCUACACUCUUCUUAUUUGUCGUCUAAACUUGAAAUUCUCCUUGAUGGUUGUACUUCUUCAAAUCCCAUUUUGCAUCAAACUAUUGCAAUGCCACGGAAAUUAAGACCGGAAUUAGCGAAACCAAAAAUUUCUGGAGGGGAGCUGACACGUCUUGCCUUGGCCGAGUUUAUUUGUUGUUUAGCUGCAGUUCCAGUACCCCUUGAUAAUAGUGAUAUUGAGGUGUGGCAAGAACGCCUUUUAAUUCUUGCCUGCGACGACACGGCUGUUGUAAGAUCAGCCGCUGCUGCGGCUGCGUCAACAUUUUUUCCAGCAUACUUCAGGAAGAACGACCUAAUUGGUGUCACCGAUAUGGUAGAAAAUAUCGCCAAGAAGAUUUCAAAUGCACAGCGGGAAAGUGAACGAAUAGAUGUUAAAUGGGCUCUAGCGCGUCGUUCUGCCGUAGAUGCACUUGGCGCAAUAUUUACUGGUCAGUCAUGCGACGCUAAUGCUCCCUUAGUCUUUGAUGUUUUGUUUCGUGCUGCAGAAGAUUACACUACUGAUUAUCAUGGAGACAUUGGACGUUUGGUGCGAAUGUCGGCAAUGUGCGUUAUGACGGAGGUAUUAUGUCUUCCAGAGAUCAAGGCUGCUAUUAUCGAGAAAUACAUUCAACGCGUAGUGCAGUCGAUCAUUCAGCAGAGUGUUAGCAAAAUUGGACGAAUUAGAGAAGACUCCAUUUUUCUUUCAGUUGUACCUCUGUUGUCUUGUGAAGAAUACUAUCAUGACCUCAUUUGUGGGUUCAUUUUGUCAGCCGGAGGUGUUAGUGAAGGCACCACGUUGCGUGCAUCGCAAGCUUUAAUGGCGUAUCAAUUGUCCAUUUCGAAGGACUUGAUGUUGAUGGAGCGUUUCCUUGACUCGGUGGCUGAAUUAUUUCAUAUUGGAUGCAAAGUUCCGCGAAUCGGCAAUAGUGUUUUGCGUUUUCUUCCGCAAAUUCUCUCGAGGCUUUAUAUUCUUGAACACUGUCCUGAUCGUUCGAAUGCCCUCUCUCGCAUAAUUGUGCUUCUGACAAAGAUUAUGAAUUCCCGGACAAUGUCACCAUUCCGGAUCAAGUGUGCGCUCAACUCUCUAUGUUCCUUGCUAGGAUGCAAUCGUAACACUCAGACCUGGUACACCGCAGUUCAACUGGUAGUACGGUCGCUUUCAAACGCACUACCUGUUGUUAGGCGCGCUGCCGCUGAAGGGUUGUAUGAAAACAUAUGUAUAUUUGAUGUUCAUGAAGAGGUACUGGAGUUACUGGCAAAUACUCUGUGGCAUGAAACUUCCCCUUCAGCAAUGGUUUCAAUACGAAUGGCUGCUCAAACCAUUGAAAGUAUUCUGUUAGAGUAG